CCUCAUCUGCCCGUUGAGGUGUUGAGCAUCCCCAGUGGAAGUCCUCCAUUAUGUCCAAGAUCGAUAAGCUUUCCAUCUUAGGGAUCCGCUCCUUCGACAACACACGCAGCGAGACCAUCCAGUUCCAUACUCCCCUCACCCUCAUCGUUGGCUAUAAUGGUUCCGGGAAAACGACCAUCAUCGAGUGCCUCAAAUAUGCCACCACCGGAGACCUCCCGCCCAACAGUAAAGGCGGCGCCUUUAUCCAUGACCCCAAGCUAUGUGGAGAAAAGGAGGUUCUGGCGCAGGUGAAGCUCUCCUUCAAGGGUACCUCGGGGGCCAAGAUGGUGGCUACCCGCAGUCUCCAACUCACCGUCAAGAAGACGACCCGCCAGCAAAAGACCCUCGAGGGCCAACUGCUGAUGGUGAAGGAUGGUGAACGGACGGCCAUCUCCUCGCGCGUCGCCGAACUGGACCAGAUCAUGCCUCAGUACCUCGGGGUCUCUCGCGCCGUCCUCGAUUCCGUCAUCUUCUGCCACCAGGAUGAGAGCUUAUGGCCCAUGAGCGAACCCUCCGCCCUGAAAAAACGAUUCGAUGAGAUCUUCGAGGCCAUGAAAUACACCAAGGCGAUCGACAACAUCAAGGUCCUGCGCAAGAAACAGAACGAGGAGCUGGCCAAGUUCAAGAUCAUGGAGCAGCAUUCCAAGGAGGACAAGGAAAAGGCUGACCGCGCCGAGAAACGGUCCAUCAAACUGCAGGAUGAGAUCGAGGCCCUACGCGAUGAGACCCACCAGCUGUCCCAGGAGAUGCGUCGCGUCGCCGAGCUUGCCGACAAGGCCUGGACCGAGUCCGAGACGUAUGCCCAGAUCUUGGGCGCCCUCGAGGGCAAACGGAUCGAAGCCAAGAGUGUUCAGGCUACCAUCGACAACCUUAAACGUCACCUGGUCGAACUCGACGAUCCCGAUGAGUGGCUCGAAACCAACCUGGAGCAGUUCGAGUCCCGUCAGAUCCAGUUCCAGCAACAGGAAGAGGCCCAGAAGGAGAACUAUAUGGCGCUCAAAGAGCGCAUCGAGAGUUCGCGGCAACGGCUGGGAACCAAGCAGGCGGAAUGCGGGAAGUACGAGAAUGACCAGGCCAACUUCGAGCGGCAGGUCGAGCGGCGACAGCGGCUAACCCAGGAGGUCGCCCGCGCCAACAAUAUCCGCGGGUUUGACAGUAUACAGGAUCAGGCCGAGGUCGACGAGUUUAUGCACAAGAUCCGCAAGCUGUUGAAGGAUCAGAACUUAGCGUUGGACCGAGCCAAACGGGACGCACAGAGCGAGCUGCGCGAAGUACAGGCUACUCUCAACGAGAUCGGUCAGCGCAAGUCCGCGUUGCAGGAGAGCAAGAAUGCCGCCAAACGGCAGAUCGCAGCCAAUGACCGGGAGGCAGGCUCCUACCAGGCCAGGCUCGACGAGAUCGACGUCGAUGAAGGCGUGCAAGCGGCCCUGGAGGCCAACGUCGAAGACGUCGUGUCCCGCUUGGAUCAAGCCAAGGCGCGGGCCCGGUCGGCCUCAUGGGACCAGGAGAUUCAGACCGUGAACGCCGAGAUCCGCAACCUCGAGGACGAGAGCACGCGGCUGAAUGCCGAACUCAUCGACGCCACCAAGAUGGCCGGGGAUCUCGCUCGCCUGGACCAUCUCAAGAAGGAGCUGAAGGAGCGCGAGCGCAGCCUCGAUACCAUGAAAGGCGCGCACGGCGAGCGCCUGGCCAAGCUGAUCAAUUCUGACUGGCAGCCACACUCGCUCGAGCACGAUUACCAGCGCACCCUCGACGAGGAGUCCCGAGUCGUGUCCCAGGCCGAACAGGAGCGUGACACCGUGAGCCGAGACCUAGAACAGGUGGAGUUCAAGUUGAAAAAUACGCGAAAGAUGCUGGCUCAGCGACAAAAAGAGCUCCAGGAAUGCGUCGAGGAGAUCCGCGAGGCCGUGGAUGACGAACCGGAGGAGUAUCCGGAGAUUGUCCAGCAGCGACAGGCACAGCUUGAGAUUGCGAGAAAGGAUGCCGAACAGUAUGCUGGCGUCGGCGAGUAUCUGACCAAGUGUCUCGACACUGCCAAACAGGCCAAGGCGUGCCGGAUGUGCAGCCGAGGGUUCCGCAACGACAGCGAACUGCAGGCGUUUAGAAACAAACUUGAAGCCCUGGUCAAGAAGGCUCGACAAGACAUCGAGGACGAAGAACUGCACAACAUGGAAGAAGAUCUCAAAACCGCACGCGCGGCGAACACCGCUUACGACAUGUGGUCUCGCCUGGGCAAAACAGACAUCCCCGAUCUGGAAAAGGAAGAGGAGCUGUACAUCUCCCAGCGGGAUGCGCUGCUCACCCGGGUGGAGGAACACGACCAGAAGGUGGGCGAGAAGGCCGAGAAGAAGCGUGAGGUGGAGGGCCUUUCCAAGACCGUCAACACUAUCAUCCGAUACGACGGCGAGAUCAAAAGCAUCCGCUCCCAGAUUCAAGAUCUCUCGUCCAAACAAGAGAAUCCGUCAGGGACGCGCACCCUGGAGGAUAUCCAAGAAGAGAUUGCCUCCCUUGGCGAGCGGUCAAGGAAACAGAAGCAAACGCUGUCCAAACUGACGCACGACCGAGAGCAGGCCCAGGCGGAAAUCAACAGCCUGGAACUGCAGCUGCGGGACGUGAAGAGCAAUCUCGACAAUACCCGGUUCCGGUUGGAGAAGAAAGCCGACCUCCUGACGCGUCUGGAGGAAUACAAGAAUCUCAACAGCCAACAGCGCGACGCCAUCACCAAAGCCGAUCAAGAAAUCGAGGCUCUCACCCCGGAGCUGCUUAAGGUGCAAGCCAAAUACGACGAUAUCAGCCAGCGUGCGGAGGCGCGAGAGCGAGAAAUGCACCAGGGCAUCUCGCAGCUAUCAGAAAACGUGCGCCAGCUGGGACUGGCGAACGAGGAAAUCGACUCGUACAACGAACGAGGCGGCCCACGCCAGCUCGAGCGGAGCCAGCGCGAGCUGCAGACGAUCGAGCACGAGAUCGGCGAUCUCGAGGCCGAGCUGGGCACCAUCACCCGAGAGAUUAACAAGAUCUCCGCGCAGCUCAAGGACAGCGAAAACACCAAGCGCCAGUACGCGGACAACCUCACGUACCGUCAGGCCACACGGGCGCGGGAUGCCGUGACGGCGGAGAUCGAGCAGCUGGCCGCGCAGAACGCCGAGGUAGACCGCGGCCGGUUCAAGGAGGAAUCGGAGCGACGCACACGCGAGCACAACGCGCUGGCAGCCAAGCAGGCCAGCAAAAUGGGCGAGAUGAAGUCCAAGGACGACCAACUCCUGCAGCUACUAGCAGACUGGAACACAGACUACAAGGACGCGGCGUCCAAGUACAAGGAGGCCCACAUCAAAGUCGAGACGACCAGGGCGGCAGCCGACGACCUGGCGCGGUACGGCGGAGCCCUAGACAAGGCGAUCAUGAAGUACCACGGGCUGAAGAUGGAGGAGAUCAAUGCGAUCAUCGGCGAGCUCUGGCAGCGCACGUACCGGGGUACCGACGUGGACACGAUCGCCAUCCGCUCGGACAACGAAAACGCCAAGGGCAACCGGUCAUACAACUACCGCGUGUGCAUGGUCAAGCAGGGCGCGGAGAUGGACAUGCGCGGCCGCUGCAGCGCCGGCCAGAAGGUCCUGGCCUGCAUCAUCAUCCGACUGGCGCUGGCCGAGUGCUUCGGCGUCAACUGCGGCCUGAUCGCCCUCGACGAGCCCACCACUAACCUCGACCGCGACAAUAUCCGCUCCCUGGCCGAGUCGCUGCACGAGAUCAUCCGCGCGCGCCAGCAGCAGGCCAAUUUCCAGCUGAUUGUCAUCACCCACGAUGAGGACUUCCUGCGCCAUAUGCAGUGUGGAGAUUUCAGCGAUUAUUACUAUAGAGUUUCGCGCAAUGAGCGGCAGAAGUCUAUUAUUGAGAGGCAGUCUAUUGCUGAGGUUAUGUGAUAUGAUUCUUUCGUUCUUUCUUUCUUUCUUGCCUUUAUACGACCUGCAGGGCUGGAAGUCUCACCGUCGGGUAGUAUGUAUCUCGACAAAAAGCGAAUGUAUAAUAAUGCUCGGUCUACGGAGUUGCAUGGAUUUGGC